AUGGACUCAUACAGGAGGUCAAAAAACUCAAUAUACAAAUGGAGACCGUUCAAACUUUGGCUUGGCAUUCCAUUUGCUGACUCAGAAGACUUUAUGGGUGGUAUUUCAACUGUUGGUACUGUACAAAUACAAUAUACUGGUGACAGAGACGGUCCAGAUGAAUUGAAAGCAAAGAAGUUUACAAAACCAAUAGCACUUUUCACGGAAGAUGCUCUUUUGAAGAUUCGUUCGAUGAAACCUGCUGGGGCUCCUCAGGUUGGCAUAACGACAGCUUCCAUCGAGCAGAUUUUGGCAGCAGGUCAGUAA